GUCGCACCGCUGCUACUGUUUACAGUUAGGUCAUUAGAUAUGCAUUCAAAUAACAAUUAAUUAUCAAUUGGUGCCUACUUUAUUCGUUGUUGAAAUAUUAGGCAGUGCCGGUUUUCCUGCCAUAUGAAGAGGAUAAAAUGGAUAACACAGUAAAAGCGAUCUUAGUGCUAACGCUGCUGGUCGCUUCAGGCCCGCCAGUGAACAGCGACUGCAACAUUCACGAGAUUGGCGACGACACGCCCUGCGGCGGCCACCUGAUCUGCACCAGCGACUUCAGUGAUGCCAUCAGCGACAUAAUCCAAAUGCCCUGCUUAUACUUAUACAACGAUUACUCAGAAGAACACAUCUUACAUCAGAACUUCAGUAUCUCCGUAGAGGCAACAGAUUUCGACUUCAGCACCAAUGACUCGUCAGUUAUAAACGAGCUAAAGGACCAUAUUAACGCCAUCUCCAUAACGAACGGAAGAAUCAAGAAGUUUCCAGAAGCUGUUUUAAAUGUGCGACAAGCGAAGAUGAUUGAUCUCUCAAGCAACAAUAUUGAGUCUCUAAAUCUAGCGGCAUUCGCGAGACCGAGUAUGAUAAACGUGCUUAAUAUGUCCUAUAAUAACAUAGAACGUUUAGACGCCCAGAUAGGUUGGCCUAGCUACUGGCAGUUAACAGUUACCACGAUCGAUUUUAGCCAUAAUAAUAUCCAAGGUGUGCUACAGAACAACAUCGCACCAUAUUUUACAUUAAGACAUUUGAAUCUAUCUUACAAUUACAUAGAAUCGUUCAAUCAAGACACGUUCAGUAAUCUGACAGGAUUGCUAACGUUAGACAUUUCGAACAACAAGAUUAUAAAACUUGACUCUUCUUUAGCUGGUCUAGUAAAUUUACAAGAAUUGUAUUUAGAUCACAACGAUCUAACACAAUUAAAUAAGGAUAACUUUUACAGCUUGUUCGGUUUGAAAUAUCUCAAUAUCAGCUCCAAUAAUUUAAAAAGUUUUGAGAGUUCUUCUUUCAACUCUUUAAGUUCUUUAACGCAACUGGACUUAAGUAACAACAAUAUUGAGGCUAUUUUAAAAUCAACAUUUCAGAAUAACAGUCUUCUUUAUUCACUCGAUGUGUCAUUCAAUGAAAUAUCAAAAAUAGAGUCGGGAGCCUUUGCAGGCGCUCAUAUCACAGAUUUAAAACUCCACAACAACACUUUAGCAGGCUAUCUCGACACCGACGCAUUUAAUGGUCUAUACUUUGAAAAGUUGGACCUCAGUGACGCGGACAUAGGGGAGCUGGGGCCCGAUCUAUUUGGACCUCAUCCUUCCUUCCAAUCGCUUAGUUUCAGUAAAAAUUUUAUAUCUAAAAUCAGUAAGACUACAUUUAGAAACCUCGGAAAUUUAGAGGAACUAGACCUCUCGUUUAACAAACUAAGAAGCAUAGAUUUUGAUACUACAGAUUUAAAAACAUUGAGGUAUUUCUACAUCAGUAAUAACGUCAUACAGCAAAUUCGAAGGGAUACUUUCGAACCUCUCAUUUCGCUGAAAAUUAUUGACCUAUCCAAUAAUGCCAUCGAAGAUAUACAAACCCGAUCUUUUAACAAUUUAAAAAUUCUGAUUUUAUUAAAUUUAAAAAAUAAUCCCAUUACUGAUAUCCCUCAACAAACGUUUAACGGAUUGUCUUUAUGUAUCGGUUUAGAUCUCUCUGGAUCUAAAAUCAAAACCCUUCAAAACAACUCGUUCAAUGGAAUGACAUCAUUAAAUACACUCAAUUUGUCACACAGUGAUAUAAAACUGAUAGAAUUUAACGUUUUUAAUGGCACUGGGGCAAUAGAAUUUUUAGAUUUAUCAUUCAAUCAGAUUGAAUCAUUUUCCAUAAAUAGUACAAAUUUAAAACUACAACAGAUACAGCUAACUUCCAAUGUUAUCACAGCCAUAAGCAAAAUGUCUUUCCAAAAGCAGCGUAGUGUGACGUUAAUUGAUAUCAGUUAUAAUAAAAUAUCAUAUAUUCAACCAGGGUCAUUUAUGGACUGUGAAUUUCUUUACACAUUAAAUUUAAACAACAAUUAUUUAUCAUUUCUUCAGUAUGGCGUAUUUGAGGGUAUGGAACGUGUAAGAACGAUAAACUUAUCGAAUAAUAAAUUUCACAGAUUCGAUGUUAAAUUAUUUUACGGCUUACCAAAUUUGCAAGUCGUUUAUCUUGAUAACAAUUUUAUAGACAACAUAAAUCUCACGGAAUUCGCAAUGUCAGCUGUUAAGACUUUAUCUAUAGGAGGUAACCCGUUAAUAUGUGAUACUUUGACGAAGUUUACCCAUGAGAUUGGCUCCCCUGUCUCCCUGAAAGCGGAAUCCCCAAAUUAUGAAAGAGAAAAUGUAAACGGGAUAGUUUGUAAAAGUGAGACUGAGUACAAUGACACUCAAGAUAGUGACACUAAAAAGUUUCUCGCGGGAAAUGAAAAUCUAGAAAAACUUAUCAACGUCACAAAUCGAUAUUUGGCGACGAUCUUUGGGACACUUAUCUGCGCAAUGCUCGCAGUGUUAUGUUUUUUUGUUUACUAUAAAUUUAGAAAUACGCUGACACGCAGUCGGGUAGUCUCAUCUAGUAGAGAAGUAUUGUCGAAUGCUAUUGAAUUAGAGAGUAAUCAAGAUUAAUAUUGAGUAUUGUAUAUCUUUAUUUUAAUGUAAGUAGACGAAAUUUCUAUAAGACCUGAACUUUAGUAGGUACUUGAAAUUUUUGUACCAUUUAAUCUAAAAAUAAUUAAAAUUAAAAUCCUAUAAGUAA